AUGUCGAAGCCAUCUGGAAAGAGCAGAGGGGAGCGUAAGCCAUCUGCUCUAGUUACCGGCUAUCUCAUAGCCUAUAAUUUCGCAUCUGCAGCCGGAUGGGCCUACUCAUUUGCACUACUCGCCAAAUCAAUCAUCACAAACCAGUCCUACCAACGCGCUUAUUAUGAUUCGGGAGAUGUGGUGCGCUGGGUGCAGACUGCUGCUUCGCUGGAAAUUGUUCAUGCUCUGCUUGGACUCGUCAAGACACCCGUUUCAACAACUGCUAUUCAGGUUGCGUCGAGACUGCUGCUGGUUUGGGGGAUUAUGAAUAGUUUUAACGUUACAGAGGUUCGAGAACAUUGGGCAUACUCUACAAUGGUCACUGCAUGGGCAAUCACCGAAGUGACUCGAUAUGUUUACUAUGGGUUUAAUUUGAUGGGGUUGAAUCCAGCUGUGUUGUUAUGGGCUAGGUACACAUUCUUCUACAUCUUGUACCCCAUGGGUGCCGGCUCUGAAGCCAUGGAGAUCUACAACGCGCUGCCAGCUGCUCGAGCGUACGCAAGCAAUGACUACCUGUACUACUUGUUGAUGGGUAUCAUUGCCAUCUAUCCACCUGGAUUUUAUGUCAUGUAUACGCAUAUGAUUGGACAGAGACGUAAAUAUCUUGGCAAGGCUGCUAGCAAGAAGAAAGCAUAG